AUGCUACGCGAGCAAAUGAAAGAGGUGGACUUACUGAUUCUGGGCGCUGGAUGGACAUCCACGUUCCUGAUUCCGCAACUGGAGGACACCGAUAUCACGUAUGCUGCAACCACCACCAGCGGAAGAGACCACACGAUUCCGUUCAAGUUCGACCCGGAGUCUGGUGAUGCGGAGCCAUACAAGCGCCUGCCAGCGGCGCAAACCGUAAUCAUCACUUUUCCACUGGUGGGGCACUCGCAGUCAAAGACCAUCGUAGGCCUCUAUCGCUCAGUUCACGGCGCAAAGAACAAUUGGGUGCAGCUUGGAUCCACGGGUAUCUUCAACAAACUGCCCAAUGACUGGAGCGCUGAUGACGCGCCAUACGACAAGGAGGAUAAGCGGGCCGUUGCCGAAGACGAAUUGCUAGCGCUCCACGGCUGUGUGCUGAAUUUAUCGGGUCUAUACGGCGGCGAGCGCGUCCCCGCGAGAUGGCUGCCUCGCCUCGGCCAGUCCAAAGACGAUGUUGCUAAGCGAGGCGCUGUGCACUUCAUCCACGGCGAAGACGUCGCAAGAGCGAUAAUCGCGACUCAUCGGAAGUUCACGCCGGGCAAGCGCUGGAUCAUUGCUGAUAUGCGCGUGUACGACUGGUUCGAUCUCAUCAUGAGCUUCAGCUCCAUGACCGAGUCGUCGAUGACUAAGGAGGAGGUGGAGACGCGCCAGGAGUUCGCCAAAUGGGUGGGGGAGCUCAUGGAAGAGCAGAACAUCCGUGCUUUGCCGCGCGAUAUGGGUGCCUUGGGUCGGAAGCUUGACUCAAGGGGAUUUUGGUACCAUCACGGGUUGUGGCCCCGACACAAGCGAUUAGCAUAA